AUGUCGCAACUACUAUCACAAAAGCGCUAUCAUAUUGGUGAUGACGAUAGCGAUGAAAGUGAUGAAGAAGAUUCCCCAGGACCAGGGGUCAGGGCUGGAUUCAUCAAGAAGUUGGUCCUCAAGAACUUCAUGUGCCAUGACCAUUUUGAACUCGACUUUGGUCCGCAAAUGAAUUUCAUUGUGGGUAGAAAUGGAUCUGGAAAAAGUGCCAUUUUAACUGGGCUUUCUGUUGGCCUAGGUGCAAAGGCUAACGAUACAAGUCGUGGUCUGUCUAUCAAGAGUCUUAUUAAGGAUGGAAAAUCAAUGGCCCGUGUAAUUGUCGAAUUGAGCAACAGCGGCCUCGAUGCUUACGAACCAGGAACUUUUGGCGAUACAAUUGUGGUGGAAAGAAAGUUUACUCGAGAUGGUGUAAAUGCAUAUUACAUCCGUAGUGAGAAUGGAACGACCGUAUCCAACAAAAAGAAAACGCUAGACGAGAUACUCCAGAAAUUCCUCAUUGUUGUCAAUAAUCCGCUAUCUUUUUUGUCCCAAGAUAAGGCACGUGAAUUCAUUGCUAGCAGCACCGAGAAGAGCAGGUUUACAUAUUUCAGUGAGGGCACAAACAUCCAAUCUAUCAUUCAGAACUACCAGGAAGCUUCCAGGAAUAUUCUCAAUUUGCAGACUCGCCAGGCAUCGGCAAAGCAAUACUACGAUGAAGCUUGCAAAAAGUAUGCAGAGUGUGAGCGUGGUUACAAGAAGUUCAAGCAUUCCCACAACUUGCGUCAGCAGCUUGAGAAGAUUAACGGAAAAAUUUAUUGGUUCAACGUAGAUGUCGUGGGGCGCAAAAUCAAAUGGGAGGACUCUGAGAUCAAGGCUUUGGAAGUUGAGAAGACAGAAGUGCUUGCCCUGAUUGAGAAAAAUGCAGAGAAAACGACUUCUGUUGACACGGAAUCGGAAAACAUUGGUCAGAAGGAAAAAGAGGCUCUAGACGACUUGUCAAAAGCCACAGCAGAGUUACAAGCUGCUGGGGCGGAGUGUGACGAAACUGCUAAAGAGGCUCUGAUUGUUCGAUCAGAGUUGGUGAAUUAUAAAAAUGAAAUCGCAGAGCUCGAGACACAAGUCGAAGAGCACGAGCAGGCUAUUGUUAAUGAGCAAAAAAAGAUCGAUGAGGCAAAUGGCGGAUCACGAGAGGCAAUGAGCCAGCGCCUUUCUAUGUUGAAGCAACAAUUAGAGCAAAUGAUUCAAAAAAGAGAUGAAAUUCAAGAUAAGCUCCAUGCUCUAAGCGGUACUAGUCCCGAGCUAGAAGCCCUUAAUCGCGAAUACGAGGAGCUGAAAAAAGUCAAAAUGUCUCUAGAAGAUAAGUUUAAAGGUCUAGAAAGAGCCAAGAAUGAUUCUUACGCAGCUUUUGGUUUGAACAUUAAAUUUCUCAUGAGGGAUAUAGAGAAUGAGACCCGUUGGCACAAAAAGCCUAUUGGACCUCUUGGAUACUAUGUAUCUGUGAAGUCGGAUUACAAAGAAUACAACGACUUAAUUAAUGCCGCCUUACAAAACACGCUUGACUCCUAUGUGGUUUACAAUGAAAACGACAGACGUCUCUUGACCCAGUUCAUGCGCCAAAAAAAAAUAGUCAAAAGAAUUAUUGUCCGUAAAUUUGAAAGAUUCAAUUACAAAGAUAAUGAUACCGGGUACGACACAAUUCUUGAUGCACUUGACAUCCAGAAUGAAGACGUCAAGUUUACGCUUAUCGAUGCUGCAUCAGUGGAGGAAUCUGCAAUUUGUAAAACCCUUACUGAGGCAGAGCAAGCUGCUGGAUGUCAAUCAAUCGGCAGGGCCUACUGUUUGAAUGACAGACGCUCCGGAACCCGGAUCUCUCGUGGAGACGAGUAUAUGACAAGAGAUCCAGUAUUAUACUCUAGAGACCUCCCGAAACUUGCAGGUAAAGUUUCAUUAGGCUCACUCGCGGAGGAGCUCAAAGAGGCAAGUCAAAAUGAAGCAAACCUCAGGAGGGAGCGGACAAUUUUGAAGCAGAAAGAGUACGAGGCUAAAAGAGCAUUGGAGGACGAGCUCAAAAAGAGAAAAGGCCACAUCAAAGAGAUAAAUGAUCAAAUUUUUGCGGCGGAACGUGUUCUAGGUGAAGAGGGCGAUUCAGGUAGAAUUGAAAGUUUGACUACUCAGAUUGAGCUAUGCAAGAAGCAGAUUCAAGCUAAGCAAGGCAUGUUCUCAGAACUCAUGACUCAAUAUAGUGAUAAGAAAAACGUCUUGAAAUCUCGCAAAGCCCGAGUCGAGGAGGCAAAAGAGCACGAAGAAAAUGCUGCAAGAAAGGCAGCCCAAGUCACAGAGCGGAAAGAUCUGCUCACAGAACUCAAAGCAGAGUUAUUGGUUGACCUUGAUCGAUUGCAUAAAAAGCAAUCUGAGAUAGAGAAGAAGAUACAAGAGCAUGAGACAGCCAACGCCCAGAACAAGGAAUCACAGGAACGCCUUCGUCAGCUAGCUCAAGAGAGAUGUGAUCGAUCAGAAGUCUCCAUCAAAGAAACAGACACAACAUCUUCCAUAGAAGAGGAGUUUAGAGGGAUUAAGAAAGCAAUCGAUGAGGCAGAAAAGAACAACUCGAAAACAUUUGAGGAAAUUCAGAAUGAGGUUCUCGAAAGUAAGGCCAUUAAAGACAAAUGCGAAGAAAGUUUGAUAGAACUAAAUGAUGCCCGAAUUACUCUUGAGAAUGACCUCAAUUUCCGCUUUGAAAAUUUGAACAUCACAAUCAAAGAGAAACUCACCCGUGCUAAACUGUCCUUUGAGCAAUCCUUGGCUCUUCGUGGUUUCAAAGGCAAGCUAGAGUUUGACUUUGCCAACAAACGAGUCAUCACCGAAGUUCAGACAAAAGAUGACAAAGACACCAGAGCAGUUCUGUCACUCUCUGGUGGAGAAAAAAGUUUUACUCAGAUUGCCUUUUUGCUCAGUAUCUGGAAAGUCAUGAAGCCAAGAGUUUGUGGCCUAGACGAAUUCGAUGUUUUUAUGGAUUCUGUGAACAGAACAAUUGCCAUUCGUCUUUUACUACAUGAGUUAAGAGACUCUACAGCACAGUCCAUUUUUAUUACACCUCAAGAUAUUUCGACGGUCGGAGAUCUUGGAGAUAGCGACGACGUGAAGAUACAUGUGAUAAAACCCCCAAGAAAUGAUUGA